AUUGUGUAAAACUUUUUCGUUUUAACUUGUAAAAGCCUUAAAGUGAUAUUGAAUACUUACACUUUUAAAUUUGUUUUACAUGGGGCCAUGGGACUCGGAGGCCAAAUAGCCGGGGUGGAUUGAUAUCGUGCAAUCAUGCAUAUGCCACAAUUUAUACCGACGAACGCAGCUUCACUUCUCCUCCUAUACAUGCUACUGAUAUUGCAAACAAAAGAUGGAGUAUUUGGUUUCGAGCCGGACUUUUUGUAUCCUCUGGAGAACGUAACAGUGGCGCAAGGCAGGGAUGCGACGUUCACCUGCGUCGUGAACAAUCUGGGUGGAUACAGGGUGAGUGGGGAUCUCACCACAGCCAGGGUUGCCUGGAUCAAAGCCGAUACCAAAGCGAUUUUGGCGAUACACGAGCAUGUUAUAACGAAUAACGCUCGUUUAUCCGUAACACACAACGAUUUCAACACGUGGACCUUAAAUAUUAGAAAUGUCAUGCGAGAAGACAGGGGUCAAUACAUGUGCCAAGUUAACACUGACCCGAUGAAAAUGCAGACUGCAUUUUUGGAGGUGGUUAUCCCCCCCGACAUAAUCAAUGACGAAACAUCGGGAGACAUGAUGGUACCCGAAGGAGGCUCGGCCAAAUUGGUCUGCAAAGCCAGAGGCCACCCGAAACCUCGUAUAGUUUGGAGAAGGGAGGAUGGUGGCGCCAUCUUGUCAAGAGGAGGAGGAGCUUCAGUUAGAGGAGAACGUCUAUUAUCAAUCGAAGGUGAAAUGUUGACCUUGACCAAAGUGACAAGGUCAGAGAUGGGCGCCUAUCUUUGCAUAGCGGCCAAUGGUGUACCUCCUUCAGUCAGCAAAAGAAUGAUGCUUCAUGUACAUUUUCAUCCACUUAUUCAAGUCCCAAAUCAGUUGGUUGGCGCUCCUGUCAACACGGACGUAACCCUGCAAUGUCACGUAGAAGCCUCGCCAAAGGCAAUCAACUAUUGGACAAGGGAGAGUGGUGAGAUGAUAAUACCAAACGACAAGUACGUGAUGACGGACAUAAACAAUUCGUACUACAGCGUGCAAAUGAAGCUAAUAAUCAGGCGAUUUCAUAAAUCGGAUCUGGGCGGCUACAAAUGUAUCUCGAAAAAUUCGAUAGGCGAUGCCGAGGGCAACAUACGUCUGUACGAAAUGGAAAUGCAAGAAAGGGUGGAAACCGAGGAAGACAACCAACUGGACGAACUUGACGACAUUGAGAGUACGGAAAAACGCCUGUACAACGGUUACCAAGGACCGUUGACGGAAACGGAAGAGAACGUCGUGAUGCCGGACGACGUUUCCGGUUGUGCGCGCGCAAACAGAAUUUUCAUUCUGUUGUUGUUGUUGUUGUUGUUGUUUGUAAUAUUCUUAAUCUGACGCUGACAACAAAAUGGCGGAGACACUGUCUAAUAAUUGUGAUAUGUGCCAAAAUAAAAAUAAUUGUGCUUCGCUAUGAAAAGCUAAGUGUCGUCUGUAUUAUAAAGAAAAUUAUCGAUUAAUUAACUAAUAUGGAAAAAUGAACUAUGGUUAGCGAAAAGCGUUUAAAUAAAAAAUGUAGCUGAAUAAAUGUUAAGCCUGUGUUGCUAAAUAUAGAAAACGCCUGCGUUUUUUUGUUUAGGAAUCAACAUAUUAAUUAUUAUUGAAUAUUUUUGUGGUAGGUUAUGUUUCUUUGAGAUGUUUUAUUUUAUUGUUGCAUAAUAUUUAUAUUUGAA